AUGGACGCCUUCGUCACCCGCAAGAAACGAAAGUCGAGCCCAACACCACUAAAUGACUUGUGUGAAGACGGUGACGGCGACGAGUCUACCGAUUUCAAGCUAACUCUCUUAAGCUCCCUUCACCCGGAUCUUGAUCACGAGACUCUUCUCGACGUCUUGCUCGCCCACGAAGGCUGUGUCUCGGAUGCGUCUGCCGCCCUAUCUUUGCCACAGAAGCAAACUAUCACUAAAUAUUCAAACCCGGGAGCACAGUCUUCCCUUCGAUCUUUUGCUAAUCCCCUUUCGGGAACCUUUUCUUCUCCCACCCCUGCCAAGAAGUCCAGGCUAUUGUCCAAAAAGGGCAAGACUCUGUUCUUGUUCGAUCCCCUGGAUAUUGCUGAACACACUCCCUGCACCGUCAUCCACAACUUUUUAGCCCCGGGGGAGGCAAACGAUCUGCUCGAGGAGCUCCUACUCGAGUCUAAAACAUAUGAAAAGAUAACGUUCAAGAUGUUUGACAAUGUCGUCUCCAGCCCGCACACUUGCGGCUUCUACGUUGGCAGUGCCGAGGAGCUCAGGGAUCAGAAGUAUGAAUACUUGUACAACGGCGCUAGACUGUCUGACGUGAGGCGCUUGACGCCCCGACUGGAGGCUGUGAAGCCCAAGGUUCAAGAGGCAGUGAACCGCGAAAUUCAGCAUCGGAUAGCAACAAAAUAUCCCGGCGGCAAGAAACUCAAGUAUCAGUGUCCGCGACCCUGGGCCCCCAAUGCCGCUUUUGUAAACUGCUACAACGGGCCACAGCAGAACGUCGGCUGGCACAGCGAUCAGCUCACCUAUCUGGGCCCCCGGGCAGUCAUUGGCUCGCUGUCUUUAGGGGUUGCCCGGGAGUUUCGUGUGAGGCGGGUCCUACCUAGGACCGAGGUGGAUCCGGCAGGCGAUGGCAGCGGCGUCAAGACAACCCAACAGAGUGUAUCUGAUGAGGACAGCCUCCGGGGCGACGCCGAAGGCCAGAUAUCCAUUCACCUCCCCCACAACUCGCUGCUUGUGAUGCAUGCCGAGAUGCAAGAGGAGUGGAAGCACAGUAUCGCCCCGGCUCAGGCCAUCGAGCCACAUCCAAUCGCCGGUAAUAGGCGUAUCAAUAUCACGUACAGAGACUACAGGCCCGAGUUUCAUCCAAGCCUGACCCCCAAGUGUCGUUGUGGAAUUGCCACCGUAAUGCGCGUUGUACAGAAAAAGAAAGAGAAUUGGGGCAAGUACUUUUGGAUGUGCCACGCUGGAAAUGUUCCUGGCAAAGAUGGCUGUUCUUUCUUCCAAUGGGCUGAAUUUGACGACGAUGGAAAUCCACUUUUGAAAACUCAGCAGGCCCACGGUACAACAAAAUAG